UCCAUUCCCUCCUCCUUACCUGGGAGCUGGAGGAAACGUCAUUCAAGGAGCAAACUUUGGAUCCGGAGGCGCAGGGAUCCACAACAGUACUGGCGCUGGCAUGGGAGAUCACGCUCCCUUGUAUAGACAAAUCGAGUACUUCCGGGAGGCAAAGGAAGCGCUGGACUCGUCACUGGGAGCUUACAACUCGUCCCUGCUCGUCUCCAAGUCCAUCUUCUACAUCUCCAUUGGCAACAACGACUUCGCAAACAAUUACUACAGGAACCCCACGCUCCAGAGAAACUACACUCUCGACCAGUUCGAGGACCUCCUCAUCUCCAUCCUUCGUCGCCAGAUCAAAGAACUCUAUGGCUUGAACGCUCGCAAGUUCGUCAUCUCUUCGGUGGCCGCGCUGGGAUGCAAUCCAAUGUCGCUCUACAUCUACAGGCUCGAGACGCCCGGGCAGUGCGCCAGUGACUACGACGGUGCCGCGCGAAGCUACAACCGCAAACUCCACGCCAUGGUGGAGGAGCUCCGCCUCACGCUCAUCGAGAGUCAUAUGGUUUACGCCAAUCUCUACGAGAUCAUGACCGCAACCAUCAAAAACGGCACUGCUCACGGAUUCUCGAAUGUCAACACGCCGUGCUGUCCUUUCGGGAGCUACUUUGAGUGUUUCAUGUUUGCUCCGACUUGCACCAACGCGUCCGAGCACGUUUUCUGGGAUUUGUUCCACCCGACCGGAAGAUUCAACCACUUGGCUGCGCGGAGAUUUUGGUUCGCUGCUCCAAAUGGCUCCGAUGUGUGGCCUUUCAACAUCCACCACCUCUCCAAACUUUAGAGGAUCUUGUCCACCAUAUUGAGCAAAGAUAAAAACCAUCUUUUUCUUACAGAAAAAAUGUUUGUUUGAUUGGUUUUCCUGUACACUAAUCUCAACUAUGUGUGGAA